CUAAAAUGACGAUUCGCUGCGUUUUGUUCAUCACAAUGUGAAAUGCUGGUUGCAGGUUUUUAACUUUGAAUAAUUAAUUGUUAAAUAAUCAAAAACACAAAAUGGUGCUGCGUAUCAGGCUAGCCUUACAUGGGUGUACCAAUAGACCUUUCUAUCAUCUAGUCGUCAUAAAUCAUCUACUGCCCAGAAACCAUGUACCCUUAGAACACAUAGGCUCAUAUGAUCCAAUGCCGAAUAAGCAUAACGAGAAGUUAGUAGCAGUGAAUUUUGAAAGGUUAAAAUAUUGGAUUGCAGAAGGUGCUGAACUCACUAAGCCAUCUGCAUUAUUAUUAGGAUUAUCUGGAUUUUUUCCUAUUCAUCCAAUGAGUUUUGUUCAAGCACGGCGAGCCAGGAAUAAAGCAAAAGAGGAGAAAGCUGCUACAGCACAACAGGAAUCAGAAACCAAUGACAAUGAAGAUGACAAUUAAAAGCAUAAUUAAUAUCUGCAUUACUUGUUGGACACUGCCUCACCCUCCAUCCAAAUCUUAGGGAUCAUGGCAUUGGAAUGAAUAAAUGCUGUCAUGUUUGAUUUUGUGAAACAGAGGAAAGAAAGAAGAAAACUGAAUGAGAACAUGAAUUCAUUUUAAAUAAAUUUAUACUUUGUUUCAAAUGUGAA